ACUUAACUGCGCGACGUGCACAGCUCGGGUCUCCCCGCAGCACGCCAAUACCACCUCGCCGUACAAGCCACACGCAGUCCAUUCAAUGAUUGACUCGACACUGCCCCCGUGGCCCGUGCCUGGAGUUUUGGACCACACAACAGAUGGUUUCAUAGUGAUACCCGACGAAGCUGCUAUGAUAUAUCAUUAUGUGGGAUCCCUAGCCUCCUCCGAGUCGAUCAUGGCGGAUCGCACAGCUUUGCGCGUUUACUCUGGAUCCGCAAUGGUAUAUAGCGUGACGAAAAUGCCGAUCCUCGAAGCAUGCAGUGGAGAUCAUCUAUGAAGUCUCUGUUCAAGGUUCUCAGGAAGAAGGGAGGUUCGAAGGGCGAGUCAGUGUUGGCCAAGCAACAGGAUCGAGGAGAGCCUGAGGCGAUCACAGCAGCAAGCACCGUCGAUGCUGACGGUCCGAUUCUGCUCCCUCCUUCUACAAGCAAAGGGUCACUACUAGUAGUCCCGCCAGUCAGGGUGCACUUGGUGCACUCGGACGCAUCCUCAGCGAAGUCCGACGCGAAGACACCGCCGGCGGCGGAAGAGGCGGAAAAAGCACAGACACUCGUCAAGCUUGAUACGAGGGGUGCCGAAUCACGCAUAUGGGCUUUGGUCAUCGGGAUCAACAACUACCCUAUCGCCCCUCUGAAUGGCUGCGUUGCCGAUGCCCGGGCAAUGGCGAACUUCCUGAGCAACAGCCUGCACGUCCCAGCCUCGCAAAUGGUCACCCUGUUUGACGAAGAAGCAUCGCGUGAGAACAUCCUCUCCACGUUCAAGCAGCAUUUCAUCGAGAACGGCGCGAUCACGAAGGGCGAUGGCAUCGUGUUCUUCUUUGCUGGUCAUGGCACACAAGAGUAUGCGCCGGAUGAUUGGGGUUUGGACGGCGACAUCGUCGAGUGCAUUUGUCCGCAGGACUUGGACUUCGUCGAGGUGCAUGGAAUCCCGAGCACGACGCUCAACGGUCUCUUCCGGGAACUGGCGCACAUCAAAGGGGACAACAUCACCGCCAUCUUCGACUGCUGCCAUUCCGGCAAGAUCACGCGAGAGCAGCGGGGAUUGCGUUUCAUGGCCCCUCCGCGAGACUUCAAAGCCACCAUCCCACCAACGACGGACGACGACGCGCGCAAGUGGUGGCCAGGGCGUCAGGGCGACGUCAGGGCGGCGACGAACACCGUCGCCGCGAGCUUCCGGUACAGCGCGAUGAAGUCGCACGUGUUGUUGAGCGCGUGUCGCGCGGAGGAGGAGGCGAUGGAGCGGAUCCUCGAGAGCACGAAGGAGGUGCGCGGGUUCUUCACGAGCACGCUCCUGGACGUCCUCGCCGAGCACGAGGGCACGACCGCCGGUCUCACGUACGCGUAUCUCUUCGACGAGCUCAUCCCGCCGAAGCCGUUCCAACACCCGCAGUGCCUCGGGAAGCACAAGAACCGCCUUCUGUGGAACACGACGAUCAAGAUCGUGGACGGGUUCCGAAUCGCGGUGAGGGAAGGUGCUGUCGUCGUGCCUGCUGGACGGAUCCAUGGUAUCGCGCCUGGGACGACGUUCUCCGUGCAGGCACACGACGCGAAGGAUAGGAGUCUCGGCACGCUUGUCAUCGUGGAACUCAAAGACCUCGAAUGCAUAUGUAGGUCCGAAGGCACGCCCUUCGACAUCGUCACCGGAGCCCGCGCAGUGAUCAAGGACUGGAACAACGAGGACCUCACGCUCAACACAUUCAUCCACCACGCCGUCACCGGAAAGCACCUCGCGCUCAACAAGGGGACGAUCCCGACGGAGCUCAAGGACCGCAUACCUGCCGUGGCCGACCCCGAACAAGCAGACCUGAGCAUCGUGCCGCAAGCCUCGUCGAGCAUCGUGACCGUGGAGCGGGGCGACCCCUUGAUGCACGAGUUUGCCCGCCAGAUCAUCGCGGAUCUGGACAAGAGUCUCGUCCAGUACCUUCUCACCGCCGCGCUCCACUUCAACUUCCACUUGUACCGCCAGCCGAACCCGCUCAACCUGUUCACGACGGUGCACGUUGAGCUCCUCAUGCUGCGCGAGGAGAGCGCGGGCGUGAAGCGCUUCUUGCCGGUUGAUGAGACGAGGAACUACUUCGGUGGCGAGCACCGCGUGCCGGCGUACAAGGCACACGGGCCGGCGGUGGUCCAGGAGGCGGUCCUCACGGAGUUUGAGCCGUUCUAUGGUCUGAAAGUCGUGAAUGACUCGGACUAUGACUUAUUCCCUUAUCUAUUCUACUUCGAUCCUAGCGACUACAGCAUUGAGCCGUGGUACGAACCCGAGGCCGCAACCAUAUUACCCCCUCUCCGCGCGCACAAUCACCUCAAGGUCGGCUACGGUGCCCGCCAGGCCGGGCACAACAGCAUCAAGCUGUCGCUCCCGCCCGGGAAAGACCUCGACACGGGCUUCCUCAGGAUGUUCGUGUCGACGUCGUAUGUGGACAUGCGCAUCGUGCGCCAGAGUGCGUACGGAGGGUUUCGCGCAGCGAGGCUGCAGAAGGCCGUCGAGCAGCGCGAGUUGUGGAGCGCAUGGACUUACCUCAUAACAUGCAAGAGUUCGGGUGCCCUGUGAGUUAUCUUAUGGGUUGAGCAGGGCUGAUGCGAUCGCGAGGGACAGUAGAAUCCACCCUAGGGUCAGACUGUUGAAACUGAUAUCGUAUCACGUCUGAAUUGGGGUUUGCUGUUAUUUUGUAUCAUGUAAUGUUAUGUGUAUGCUAUGUGCAUGUCUACUUCUUGCAUACAGGAGUUCAACUACAGUAAGCUCCAACACCAGCAGGGCCCGAGACUGAGGCAUACACACUGCCAAGUAUAGGUUCGCCACACAUGACUGCGGCGGUGUGUCCUCGCGCUCAUGCGUCUCAAUCGGGUUGCGUUCAUGCGCGGUGAAUAGACAGGAGCCAGGCUGUUGCCCACACAUAAGUACCCGGAAGACUGCAAUGGUUCUUGUGGAUGUAGAGCACUUGCCCAUCCCCCAAAUCUCUACGCCGCAGACGGGAUGUGCACGCGCAGGCGACUUUUC